AAUUUUGUGUUGCAGACUAUUCAAGGGUGUCUACCUGUAGGGGCGUUUCCCUGGAGAUCGGGCCCAGGGGCAGAGACCUUCCUUUGGCCACCUGGAAGCAGCCUGUGAGGAAGCUGCAAGUCACAAGUGGCUUCUGGCCUGAAAAGCCCUUCAUUUGCCUACAUCUGCCCCCUCUGACCCAGCCCUCCUUCCUACAGGAGGUGAGGUUCCAGGAAGUAGGGGGUUGAGUUUUUUAGAAAACGAUUCUUGCAAUUAGAAAAGUAGCUUAAGCCCUAGCCUGUUUGGCUCGGUGGAUGGGGCUUCGGCCUGCGGACUGAAGGGUCCCGGGUUCGAGUCAGUUCAAGGGCACAUGCUGGGUCUGUGGCUCGAUCCCUAGUAGUCGGCGUGCUGGAGGUGGCUGAUCAGUGAUUCUCUCUCAUCGUUGAUGUUUCUGUCUCCCUCCCUUCCUCUCUGAAAUAAGUAAAAAUGUUUUUUUGUUGUUUUUUUAAGUAGCUUAAGUGGCUUUGGAAUAGUUUUUAAGCGGCAACCUUCGGUCUCUAAAGCCAGAAACCUGGGCCUCUUUCUCAAUUACCGUCCCCCCCCCCCACCCCCACCCCCCAGAUCAAUGCCACCAAGUCCCUUCUGCUUAUUUCAUGAGUCUCUUCCAAAUACUUGCUCUCCCUGCCUGUCUUGAUUCAGGCCCACCCUCUCACCUACAUUACCAUGACAGCAGCUUAUUAAAAACAUAGCUAUCUGGGUACCACCAAAUCAGGAUCGUGGGGGAGUGGGCAUCACUAUUUGUUAGUAAGCUCUCAUUUUGGUGCACAUCAAAAUUUGAUCAUGAGUAUAUAAGGCGAAGUCAAAAGAGCUUGGUAUGGCCUGGCUGGCAUGGCACAGUGGGUGAGCAUGGACCUAUGAGCCAGGAGGUCACGUUCCCAGUCAGGGCACAGGCCGAGGUUGCCGGCUCAGUCCCCAGUAGGGGGCGCAGGCAGGAGGCAGCCGACCAAUGAUUCUCAUCAUUGAUGUUUCUAUCUCUCCCUCACCUUUCCUCUCUGAAAUAAAAAUUUAUUAAAAAAAGAAAAAAAAGAAAAAGAAAAAAGCUUAGCAUGUAAGGUCACUCAGACCUGGACCUUAAUUGCUUUUUUAGGUAAUCCUAUCCUGUGUUCAAGUUAAAAUUCUUUUUUCCUUGUUUAAAAUUAAUUUUAGAGAGAUGAAGGAAGAGAAACAUCAAUUUGUCGUUCCACUUAUUUAUGCAUUUAUUGGUGUCUUCUUAUAUGUGUCCUCAUCUGAGAUAGAACUGGCAAUGCUGGCGUUUUGGGAUGAUGCUCUAACCAACUGCUCUCUGGCCAGGGCUCAUAUUGAAAUUCUGAAUGUCAUGUUCUCUCAAGCCUGCAAGCCUCAUGUGGUUCCUUCUGCCUAAACUGCCCAAUCUACCAUUCCUGACCUGCCUGGAGGCUUUUGAACAGUGCAGGCGCCAUCUUCUCUAUAAAGCCUUCCCUUUCGUCUCCUUCCAAGCAUUGUUUGUAGCACUUUAACUGUACUGUUAUUUCUUAUGUGUGUCUCCCUUGUUAACUGCUAACUCCUUACAGAAGUUUAUCCAUUUUGCCAUCCUCUGGACCUAGCAGUGCUCUUGUAUAUAGUAGGUAGCUUAAUGCACGUUCUUCAGAUGAAGUGGGUAACUCCCCUCCAGCCCUGCCUCCUUACCCCAGUGCCCUGGACAAUGCUCAUCUUGAUAGAGUAAGGAUAUGUAGGUCAGGUUGUCAAUAAAUGGGGAUUUACCAGUAGCCUAUGGCAUAAUCUGUUGUUGAAGUUUUUGUUUUAUUUUGGAGGAUGGAAGAUAAAAGACAUCUGAUUGUUCCCUUAGUUUUUCCUCUGCAUGCCCCCUUUCCUUCCCCCCAAAUCUCAAAUCCAGACAACCCCUUUAUGAUCACAAGCUCUUGUCCUGGCAUUCCCACCAAAUUUGUUCUUCCAUUUCACCGAGACCUAGAACCCCUCCCCCUCCCCCUUUGGCUUUUUUCUAUCUUGUUUUCCAACCCAUGCACCUUAGAUUCUGCAAUCCAUCAUUUCAACCACAUUCUUGUCUGUGUUUUGUUUGUUUUUAAUAUAUUUUUUAUUGAUUUCGGCGAGGAAGGGAGAGGGGGAGAGAGAUUAAAAACAUCAGUGAUGAGAGAGAAUCAUUGAUCUAUUGCCUCCUGCAUGGCCCCCACUGGGCAUUGAACCCAGAACCCUUCAGUCCACAGGCCAGACACUUUAUCUACUGAGCCAAACCAGCUAGGGCUGAAAUCAAUUUUUUAAAAAUAAAAUUAAAAACACAGGCAAGCCCUAACUGGUUUGACUCAAUGGAUAGAGCGUCGGCCUGCAGACUGAAGGGUCCUGGGUUUGAUUCCGGUCAAGGGCACAUGCCUGGGUUGUGGGCUCAAUCCCCAGUGGGAGCCAUGCAGGAGGCAGCCAAUCAGUGAUUCUCAUCAUUGAUGUUUCUAUCCCUUCUCUCCCUUCCUCUGAAAUCAAUACAAAUAAAUUUUAAAAGGUCAGGGUCGGGGGGAAGGAGACAUAUGUAAUACUCUUUGUAAUACUUUAAGCAAUAAAACAAAAUAAAAACAUAUUAUUGUUAUAUAAAAAAUAAAAAUAAAUAAGAAUAAAUAAAUUUUUUAAAAAAGAAUUUGUACUUGAUUCUAAGGAGAAUGGGAACAUAUUAAAUUGUUUUAAAUGGGCCUGGCUGGUGUGGCUCAGCAGUUGAGCAUCAACCUAGGAACCUAGAGGUCCCUGGUUUGAUUCUGGAUCAGGUCACAUGCUGGGGUUAUGGGCUCCAUCGCCAGUGGGGGUUGUGCAGGAGGCAGCCGAUUGAUGAUUUUCAUUAUUGAUGUCUCUCUCCCUUUCUCUAUGAAAUCAAUAAAAAUAUAUUUUAAGAAAUUGUUUUGAAUGGAAUUAAAUCAGGUUUAUGCUUUGGACUUUAGGGUGAAGUAGAGUUUAGGGUCAUGGAAAGCCAGAUAAUGCAUUUCAAGGUUAAGAGGUGGAGUCUACUUCUCCACACCUUCAAUCUGAGUGAUCCUUGUAACCUUGUAAUUGUCUUUACUCUUACAAAGAUGUUGAAGUGAUGCUUUGUGAUUUUAGAGCCUAGUGGCUAGCCUAAUUGGUCAUGUGACUUGUGAUUUUUUUUUUCCUCUUGGAAUUCAGUGCCACUGUGUGAGGGAACUCAGGCUUGUCUGCUGGAUAAUGAGACGAUAUGAAGCAGAAACAAACCAUCCCAGCUGAGAUGAGACCAAUUAAGUCUAGCUUAGUUUGCAAAAAUAAAGUUGUUUUAAGCCCCAAACAGAAAAAUGUAUGAAUUUUAAAAUUAGAUUCUUUAGAAUUGCUUCUACAAUACCUUGCAAUUCUCUUUAAUAUUCUCACACUCAUUGCCCUAGCGCCAGUUUGGCUCAGUGGAUAGAGCGUUGGCCUGUUGACUAAACUGUCCCAGGUUUAAUUCCUGCCAAGGGCACAUGCCUGGGUUAUGGGCUCGAUCCCCUGCCCCCCAGUAGGGGGCGUGCAGUAGACAGCUAAUCAAUGUUUCUCAUCAUUGAUAUUUCUCUCCUCUGUGAAAUCAAUUUUUUUAAAAAUUCUCACACGUGUUUUUUACGCUGGAUAUAAAGUCUGGGAGCACAGGGUCUACUAGCCUUGUUGCUUAUUUUAUCCCAAUACUCAGCACGCUGCCUGGCACAUAGUAGGUGCUCAAUAAAUAUGAGUGGUUGGCCCUAGCCGGUUUGGCUCAGUGGACAGAGCAUCGGCCUGAGGACUCAAGGGUCCCAGGUUCGAUUCCGGUCAAGGGCAUGUACCUUGGUUAUGGGCACAUCCCCAGUAGGGAAUGUGUAGGAGGCAGCUGAUCGAUGUUUCUCUCUCAUCGAUGUUUCUAACUCUCUAUCCCUCUCCCUUCCUCUCUGUAAAAAAUCAAUAAAAUAUAUAUUAUAAAAAAUAAAUAAACAUGGGUGGUUGAAGUGACCAUAUCUAUAGAGGAGUCUCACCAGAUUGUGAAGGUGCUCCAGGAAUGAAUAUGUUCCAAACCACUUCAUUCUCAAGCCUUGUGGCCAGUGGUGAAUAGGUGAAUUGUGAUGUGUGCGGAACAUGGGACCUUGGGGAAUUCCGUAAUCAAGAGGAGAAUGAGUAACAACAGCUAGUGGAGACAAAGAAUUCUCCCUUUCCCCCCCUCCAUGUUCCCAGUGGAGAGCUGAACCCAGCAUCCCAGAUUUGUGUGACUACACAGGCAAGCAUUUGGAGACUAACUUCACUUUGGUGCCCUAGCCCUCAGUGGCUCAAGGUGUCGGUUUUCUGAGCAGACAGGAGGCUCUUAAGUAGCAAAGCUCCCUGCUCUCAGCAAGCCCAGAACAUGGGGAAGGGGGACACCCAGGAGGCAGCACCGCCCACUUCAGCCUACCGCUCUGUCAUGGAGGAGUACGGUUAUGAAGUGGGCAAGUCCAUUGGCAAUGGCUCCUAUGGGACAGUGUAUGAAGCUUACUACACAAAGCAGAAGGUCAUGGUGGCUGUCAAGAUCAUUUCAAAGAAGAAGGCCUCUGAGGACUAUCUUGUCAAGUUCCUGCCUCGUGAGAUACAGGUAAUGAAGGUCCUGCGGCACAAGAACCUCAUCAACUUCUACCAGGCCAUCGAGACCACGUCCCGAGUGUACAUAAUUCUGGAGUUGGCUCAGGGCGGCGAUGUCCUUGAAUGGGUUCAGCGCUACGGGGCCUGCUCUGAGCCCCUUGCGGGCAAGUGGUUCUCCCAGAUGUCCCUGGGCAUCGCCUACCUGCACAGCAAGGGCAUCGUGCACCGCCUGACCCCCAGCUUUUCUGCUCCUUGUAGGGACUUAAAGUUGGAGAAUUUAUUGCUGGACAAGCGGGAGAACGUGAAGAUAUCAGACUUUGGCUUCGCCAAGAUGGUACCUUCUAGCCAUUCUCUGCGUAAUAGCCCUUCUUUACACCAAAGGAACUAUUUUACCCACCUCAGCCAGACCUACUGUGGCAGCUUUGCUUAUGCCUGCCCAGAGAUCUUGUUAGGCUUACCCUACAACCCUUUCCUGUCUGACACCUGGAGCAUGGGUGUCAUCCUCUACACUCUGCUGGUUGCCCGUCUGCCCUUUGAUGACACCAAUCUCAAGAAGCUGCUGAAAGAGACUCAGAAGGAGGUCACUUUUCCACCUACCUUGUCCGUCUCCCAGGAGUGCAAGAACCUGGUCUUCCAGACGCUACGUCAACCCAACAAGCGUGCCACCAUCCUGGACAUCAUCAAGGAUCCAUGGGUGCUCAAGUUCCAGCCUGAGCAACCCACCCAUGAGAUCAGGCUGCUUGAGGCCAUGUGGCAGCCGCUCAGCACGGCGAGUCGUCGCACAUCCUUGGAAAUCAAUAUCUGAAAGUGGCUGAGGCAGGGGUUGAGAGAGGAGCAAAGCAGGAAGGGUUUGGGGCUAAAAAUCUUUUAUACCAAAAAUAAAUCUAAUUCUGAUUAGUUUCAUUAGUCGGGGUCAAAGAUAUUCUUUCCUUAGGGAACCUUAGCAGGGAACACUGCUGAGGGUAAGAGGUGAUUUCUGCCCAGAGCCUGUGACUAGUAAUCUUGAUAGCUGUUAAGUCCACACUGUCAUUCACAGUGUAGCUUAUAUUUGGCUCAUGGGGGAGGGUGUGCUCAGAUGAAAACAUGCUUGAGAGAAGUUCAUUAUUCUGGCUAAGUACAUGUUCACUAUUUUACAUUUCUUUGCACUUUAAAUGGUCAAGUCAUAGGGUAGAGGCCCUGGUUGCUCUGUUUGGUCAUGGCUCUGCCUCUGUCUAUAGUCUAAAGGGAUAGCAUUGUGUUAUCAAGCCUGGCCAGUGGUGCUCAGUGGUUGGAGGUCACAGUCCAAUUACAGGUCGGGGCACAUGCCCAGGUUGCAGGCUCAAUCCCCAGUAGGGGGCAGCCGAUCAAUGAUUCUCUUUCAUCAUUGAUAUUUCUUUCACUCUCUCCCUCUCUGAAAGCAGUAUUUUUUUAAAAAAGAAAAGUAAUGGUUAUCAGGAUAUAUGAGGUAUCUUGUUCUUUGUCACUCCUUUAAAUUCACUAUUGAAACAACCCUAGUGAAUCAUAGCCACAUACACUAUUGCUCCUAGACAGAAAAGUGACAGUUCAAACCAAGUCUACUAACUGUGGGUUCUGGAUAAAGGAAAACUACUUGCCCCUUUAUCCCUGUAUUCUCCUUCCCUAUCAUUAAUAAUGAGCUUUGCAAAAAAAAAAAAAAAAAGGGGGGGGGGGUGGUAAAUCAUGGGGCUGUCUUGUCAGACACUGACUGGGGAAAGUGAUGAGGGAAGAUGCAGAGAAAGCUCCAGUUCUAAGAUAAGCAAUAGAUGGCAGUUUCCUCAGCCACAGCUCUAGCAACUCUAGGACAAACCAACUUGCAAGAUGAACCUAGUAGGUAAGAUAUUGGAAACAUUUAUUCUAUGUUACAAUGCCCCUUCAUUACUCCUGUUAGUAUUCACUGCCUGAAACAGCUCCAAGUUUCAGGUGCAGACAAGGCCGUAUAAGCACUAGGAUUCCAUCUGCCCAAUUUUAUUGAAGGGCACUGUAACUGCUAUCAAAGAGAAGGGAGCCCAGGGGCUCCUCCCACACCAAGAUCCUUCUUCAGAGUUGAUCCAAGCCAGGGAUUGGAGGGCAGCAGACCCUUUCUCAGGCAGGGCUCUACCACCACCCUCAGCAG